GAUAUUGAAGCUACAAUUCAUUGUGCAGAGUGGCUCUCGAUGGUGGGUGGUUCUAGCACAGGAGACCAAAGAAUCAGACGUGAGGAAUCAUUGCCUAUGUUCAAAAGAAGGCUGUUGAGUGACUUACUAGACUUUGCUGCCAGAGAACUUCAGGUUCAGACUCAAGUUAUUGCUGCGGCUUCUGCUGGUGUGGCAGCUGAGGGGCUAGCACCCAAGUUAGCAAAGUUGGAAGCUGAAAAUGCUGCGCAAGUUUCAGUGGCUUUGGUGGAGAAUGCUAUUGUGAUCUUAAUGCUUGUUGAAGAUCAUUUGCGUUUGCAAAGCAAAAUCUAUACGACUUCACGCUUCCCUGCUGUCUCUCCUUCUCCUCUCUCAACUGUUUUGCCUGUGGGUCACUCUUCAACUAUAGUUGGAGAACCUCUAGAAACUCUGGCUGAACGUAAAUCAUCAUCUGGUGAUUCUGCAGGACUACCUUUAGAUGUUCUUGCUUCUAUGGCUGAUGCCAACGGACAACUUUCUGCAGCUGUUAUGGAACGACUUACUGCUGCUGCAGCUGCUGAACCUUAUGAAUCAGUUGCCUGUGCUUUUGUGUCCUAUGGAAGCUGUGUCAUGGAUUUAACUGAAGGAUGGAAGUACAGGAGUAGAUUGUGGUAUGGCGUUGGCCAACCUUCCAAUGCAUCAGCCUUUGGUGGUGGUGGCAGUGGCAGGGAAGCUUGGAAAUCAGCGCUGGAGAAAGAUGCAAAUGGCAAUUGGAUUGAACUGCCUCUGAUAAAAAAGUCUGUUUUCAUGCUUCAAGCUUUGUUAUUAGAUGAGUCUGGACUUGGUGGAGGCCUAGGUAUUGGAGGAGGUUCUGGUACUGGAAUGGGGGGCAUGGCUCUGCUUUACCAGUUACUAGACAGUGAUCAACCCUUCUUGUGCAUGCUUCGAAUGGUGCUUGUUUCGUUGAGGGAAGAUGAUGAUGGUAAGGACAGCAUGCUCGUAGAUGUGGAGGAUGGCUCAUCAGAAGUUUCACGUCGACAAACAAGUAAUAUUGCAUCUUUUGACGUCAAUGCUCGAAUGUCAUCAAGAAAACCGCGAUCCUCAUUGUUGUGGAGUGUGCUCUCACCUGUCCUCAACAUGCCAGUUUCUGAGUCCAAGAGGCAGAGAGUGUUGGUUGCAGCAUGUAUUCUGUAUUCUGAGGUGUGGCAUGCUGUCAGCAGGGAUAGAAUUCCUCUGCGUAAGCAGUAUCUGGAGACAAUAUUGCCACCAUUUGUUGCUCUUUUAAGGAGGUGGCGACCCCUUUUGGCUGGAAUUUAUGAACUUGCUACUGCUGAUGGUUUGAAUCCUCUUGUUCUAGAAGACCGUGCAUUGGCUGCAGAUGCUUUGCCUAUUGAGGCUGCUCUUGCCAUGAUCUCUCCUAGCUGGGCUGCUGCUUUUGCAUCACCACCUGCUGCUAUGGGUUUGGCGAUGAUUGCUGCUGGAGCUGCUGGUGGGGAAACAACUGUAUCUGCAACAACUAGUCAUCUCAGGCGUGAUUCGUCAUUGCUCGAGCGUAAAACAACUAGGCUUCAUACUUUUUCGAGCUUUCAGAAGCCUCUGGAGGCACCUAGUAAAUCUCCUGCCGCACCAAAGGACAAGGCUGCAGCAAAGGCCGCUGCAUUGGCUGCUGCAAGAGAUCUUGAACGCAAUGCAAAAAUUGGUUCUGGAAGAGGUCUCAGUGCUGUGGCAAUGGCUACCUCUGCACAGCGUCGGAAUAAGAGUGAUAUGGGGCGUGUAAAGCGAUGGAAUGUUUCUGAUGCCAUGGGGACUGCCUGGAUGGAAUGCUUGCAGUCAGUUGAUACAAAAGCAGUUUAUGGCAAAGAUUUUAAUGCCCUAUCAUAUAAAUUUAUUGCUGUCCUUGUUGGAAGUUUAGCAUUAGCAAGAAACAUGCAAAGAUUGGAGGUUGAUAGACGCAUGCAAGUUGAGGUAAUUUCUCGCCAUCGUCUAUGCACUGGAAUUCGGGAAUGGCGGAAACUGAUUCACUAUUUGAUAGAUAUGGAAUGCCUCUUUGGGCCUUUUGGUAAUCGUUUGUGCAAUCCGCAACGUAUCUUCUGGAAGCUGGAUUUUAUGGAAAGUUCUUCAAGGAUGAGGAGAUACUUGAGAAGAAAUUACCAUGGAUCGGAUCAUUUUGGUGCUGCUGCAAAUUAUGAAGAACCGUCAGAGCUGAAGCAAGAUAAAGAUAGUGUUGUAACUCCAUCUAAGGCCUCUAUGUUGGCUGCAGAGGCUAUCUCAAUCGAGGUAUUGAAUGCAGAUGAUGACCAAGAGGACAGUGCCAAUCCUGGGGGUCAGUCAACACACACAAACCUGAAUGGUGACAUUCAGUCAAGGAUAACUGAAACUGCAGACCAGCCCCUGAGGACAUCUUUGGAGUCAAGAGAUGCCCCUGUUACAAACAACCAAGAUUUGGCACAAAAUCCAGCCGUAGUUGCCCCAGGUUAUGUUCCAAGUGAACAUGAUGAAAGAAUUGUCCUUGAACUUCCUUCAUCAAUGGUUCGCCCACUAAAAAUACUAAGAGGGACUUUUCAAAUAACAACAAGAAGAAUCAAUUUUAUUGUGGAUAGCAGUGAGAGUAAUACUUCUGGGGAUGGGUUGGACUGCAGAAAUGAAACAAAAAUUGAAGAAAAGGAUCGAAGCUGGUUAAUAUCUUCUCUUCAUCAAAUAUAUAGUAGAAGAUAUCUCUUGAGAAGAAGUGCAUUGGAGUUAUUUAUGGUUGAUCGUUCAAACUUCUUCUUUGACUUUGGGAGCACAGAUGGAAGACGAAAUGCCUAUCGAGCUAUUGUUCAAGCUCGUCCGCCUCAUUUGAACAAUAUUUACCUGGCAACUCAGAGACCUGAACAACUUCUGAAGAGAACCCAACUUAUGGAACGCUGGGCUAGGUGGGAGAUCAGCAAUUUUGAAUAUCUCAUGCAGCUUAACACAUUGGCUGGGCGCAGCUAUAAUGAUAUCACACAGUAUCCAGUUUUCCCUUGGAUUCUUUCAGAUUACAGUUCAAGCACAUUGGAUCUCUCGAAUCCUUCUUCUUAUCGUGACCUUUCUAAGCCCAUUGGUGCAUUAAAUGCUGAUCGUUUAACGAAGUUCCAAGAGAGGUACUCCAGUUUUGAUGAUCCGGUGAUACCAAAAUUUCACUAUGGUUCACAUUAUUCAAGUGCUGGGACGGUAUUGUAUUAUCUUGUUCGACUUGAGCCUUUCACUACCCUCUCUAUUCAACUACAAGGUGGGAAAUUUGAUCAUGCAGACAGAAUGUUUUCUGAUAUUGUUUCAACAUGGAACGGAGUUCUCGAGGACAUGAGUGACGUCAAGGAAUUGGUUCCUGAGCUAUUUUACCUCCCUGAAGUGUUGACUAAUGAGAACUCCAUUGACUUUGGCACAACACAGUUAGGAGAAAAGCUUGACUCAGUCAGGCUUCCUCCUUGGGCUAAAAAUCCAGUUGACUUCAUUCAAAAGCACCGAAUGGCUCUUGAGAGUGAGCAUGUUUCAGCGCACUUGCAUGAAUGGAUUGAUCUCAUAUUUGGGUAUAAGCAACGGGGAAAAGAAGCUAUACAGGCUAACAAUGUAUUCUUCUACAUCACCUAUGAGGGAACUGUGGACAUUGACAAGAUAUUGGACCCUGUACAACAACGUGCUACACAAGAUCAGAUUGCAUACUUUGGGCAAACUCCAUCACAACUUCUAACUAUCCCUCACAUGAAGAGGUUUCCACUAGCUGAUGUUCUUCACUUACAGACAAUCUUCCGGAAUCCCAAAGAAGUUAAACCUUAUGCAGUUCCUCAUCCAGAACGCUGCAAUAUUCCUGCUGCUGCCAUGUUAGCAUCUUCAGAUUCUGUUAUCACUGUUGAUCUACAUGCCCCUGCUGCCCAUAUAGCGGAGCAUAAAUGGCAGCCAAAUACCCCUGAUGGUCAGGGGACACCUUUUCUUUUUCAACAUGGGAAGCCUAAUGCUAGCUCUGCUGGAGGAACAUUUAUGCGCAUGUUUAAAGGGCCAACUGGCUCUGGGCCUGAGGAUUGGCAUUUUCCCCAGUCACUGGCUUAUUCAACUUCUGGUAUUAGUAGCUCAGCUAUAGUUGCCAUCACAUGCGACAAAGAGAUUGUCACUGGUGGCCAUGUGGAUAACAGUGUCAGGCUGAUAUCAGUGGAUGGAGCAAAAACCUUGGAAAUAGCUCGAGGACAUUGUGCUCCUGUAACUUGCAUGGCUUUGUCUCCUGAUAGCAGCUAUCUGGUGACAGGAUCUCGAGAUGCAACAGUUCUCCUUUGGAGACUGCAUCGUGCAUCCACUUCUCGCUCAGGUGGCACAGUUGAGCCAUCCACUCCUUCAAGCACACCAGCUUCCACUAGCAGCAGUACUACAAACACCUUAGCUGAAAAAAGGAGGCAUCGUAUUGAGGGUCCUAUACAUGUUCUGCGAGGCCACCUUGGGGAAAUAUUGUGCUGUGCUGUCAGUUCUGAUCUUGGAAUUGUUGCUUCAUGCUCCAAAUCGUCGGAUAUGCUGCUUCACUCGAUAAAAAAAGGACGUUUGAUCCGAAGGCUUCGUGGUGUGGAGGCUCAUGCAAUCUGUCUUUCUUCUGAUGGGAUAAUUUUGGCUUGGAGUAAACAACUUAAUGCACUAAGCACCUUUUCUCUUAAUGGAACUUUUAUUGCCAGAUCGCAACUUCCUUCUGCCUCGAGCAUUAGUUGCAUGGAGGUUUCUGUCGAUGGGCAUUUUGCUUUGGUUGGUCUAAAUCCUUCACUGGAUAGUGAUGGAGUUUAUGACAGCAGCACAAAUUUGAAGAGUAAAGCCGGAAGUGAAAGUUUUGAUAUUGGAUCAAAUGAAGAAAACAGAUUGAGUAUUCCACUACCUUCAAUUUGCUUCUUCGAUCUACAUUCUUUAAAGGUAUUCCACAACAUGAAACUGGGAGAAGGGCAAGACAUUAUGGCUAUGGCUUUGAACAAGGAUAACACAUAUCUUAUUGUGUCCACAGCUGAUAAACAGUUGAUAAUUUUCACUGACCCCGCUUUAAGCUUGAAGGUUGUGGAUCAUAUGCUCAAGCUGGGUUGGGAAGGUGAUGGGCUCAGCCCUCUUAUAAAAUGAAAGUUUUGAGAUCUUGUACAUUGAUUAAAUUUUGAAUGAGAUGGAUUUUAUGCACUGCUGGAUUUAUCCGGACACCAGGGAAAAGUUUGCUUUACGUUGUACAAUGUCCCAUUCAACGGCUUAACUUGGCCAUGCAUCUGACAGAAACUGAUCCAGCAUUGUGCAUUCAUCAGUGGUCUUUGUGAGUGUAUCAUAUACGUUUAAGAGGUGGGAUAAGUACAGCUACAACAGGGUGUGACAUAAUACUAGAUGUACCACAGGGCUGUUGAGGAGAUUUUUUUGAGUUGGAAGUUUUGUUAAAUUGAGGCACGAGAAGGCAGCCCUUGAGAUGUGUAUAUUACAUUUAUUUUUUGAUCUACCUUUUUUUUUUCGUUUCCUCUUUGGUAUUCAAGUAUAUGAAAGUUAUUGUUGAGUUUAUCUUGACUACUCAAUAGGGACCAGAUCUAAUCGCUGAAAUCCUUAGAAAUUUACUUUAGCUGUAGAUUCCAUUAAACGAUUUGAUUACUGUAGAUUCCAGUAAACGAUUUGAUUAUGUAAUUGACUCGAGCUACUUUUUGCCUACGCAUAUUGAAAUAAACUCAAAGCUGCAGCAAAUUUGCUAAGAUUUGCCA